AUGCCAUCAAUUGACGAAUUAGCUAUCAGCACCAUCAGAGGUUUAGCUGUUGAUGCCGUUGCAUCUGCCAACUCUGGUCACCCAGGUGCUCCAUUGGGUUUGGCUCCAGCCGCCCACGUUCUUUGGAAGAACAUGAAAUUCAACCCAAAGGAUCCAAACUGGAUCAACAGAGACAGAUUUGUUUUGUCUAACGGUCACGCUUGUGCUUUGUUGUACUCCUUGUUGGUUUUGUUUGGUUACGAUUUGACUGUUGAAGAUUUGAAACAAUUUAGACAAUUGGGUUCAAAGACUCCAGGUCACCCAGAAGCUACCGACACUGCUGGUGUUGAUGUUACCACUGGUCCAUUGGGUCAAGGUAUUUGUAAUGCUGUUGGUAUGGCUAUUGCUCAAAAACAAUUUGCUGCCACUUACAACAAGGAUGACAUUACUCUUUCCGACUCUUAUGUCUAUGCUUUCCUUGGUGAUGGUUGUUUGAUGGAAGGUGUCUCUUCUGAAGCCUCCUCUUUGGCUGGUCACUUGCAAUUGAACAACUUGAUUGCCUUCUGGGAUGACAACAGAAUCUCCAUUGAUGGUGACACUGCCGUUUCCUUCACUGAAAAUGUUCCAGAAAGAUACAGAGCUUAUGGUUGGAAUGUUCUUGAAGUUGAAAAAGGUGACACUGAUCUUGAAGGUAUUGCCAAGGCUAUUGAAGAAGCUAAGAAAUCCACUAACAAACCAACUUUGAUUAGAUUGAGAACCAUUAUUGGUUACGGUUCCUUGAAACAAGGUACCCACGAUGUCCAUGGUUCCCCAUUGAAGGCUGAUGAUCUUAAACAAUUGAAGAAGAGUUGGGGUUUCCCAGAAGAUUCUUCUUUCUACAUUCCAGAAGAAGUUGCCAAAUUCUAUGCUGACCACAUUGCUGAAAAACAAAAAUACCAAAAGGAAUGGGAAGCUAAAUUUGCUGAAUAUAAACAAAAGUAUCCAAAAGAAGGUGCUGAAGUCCAAAGAAGAUUGGAUGGUAAAUUGCCAGACAACUGGAGACAAUACUUGCCAACCUACACCCCAGCUGACCAACCAUUGGCUACCAGAAAAUUGUCUGAAAAUGUCAUUAACGCUUUGCACGGACACAUUCCAGAAUUCAUUGGUGGUUCUGCCGAUUUGACUGGUUCUAACUUGACUAGAGCUACUGGUUCUGUUGAUUUCCAACCACCAUCUACUGGUUUAGGUGAUUACGAUGGUGUUUACAUCAGAUAUGGUGUCAGAGAACACGGUAUGGGUGCUAUUAUGAAUGGUAUUGCUGCCUUUGGUGCCAACUACAAGAACUAUGGUGGUACUUUCUUGAACUUUGUUUCUUAUGCUGCUGGUGCCUUGAGAUUAUCUGCUUUGUCUCACCACCCAGUCAUUUGGGUUGCCACCCAUGAUUCCAUUGGUUUGGGUGAAGAUGGUCCAACCCAUCAACCUAUUGAAACUUUGGCUCAUUUCAGAGCUAUUCCAAACUUGUCUGUCUGGAGACCAGCUGAUGGUAAUGAAGUUUCUGGUGCUUAUGCUUCUGCCAUUGAAUCUACUGAUCACCCAGCUGUUAUUGCUUUGACUAGACAAAACUUGCCACACUUGGAAGGUUCUUCUAUUGAAAACACCUUGAAAGGUGGUUACACUUUGGUUAAACAAGACAAACCAGAUGUUAUCAUUGUUUCCUCUGGUUCUGAAGUUUCCAUCAGUGUUGCUGCUGCUGAAGAAUUGGGUAAAGAAGGUAUUAAAGCUAAUGUUGUUUCUUUACCAGAUUUCUUUACUUUUGAUAAACAAUCUUAUGAAUACAGAAAAUCUGUCUUGCCAGAUGGUGUUCCAAUUCUUUCUGUUGAAGUCAUGACUACUUUUGGUUGGUCUAAAUAUGCUCAUGAACACAUGGGUAUUAACAGAUUUGGUGCCUCUGGUAAAGCUGCUGAUUUGUACAAAUACUUUGGUUUCACUCCAGAAAACAUUGCUGAAAAUGCCAAAAAGACUAUUAAAUUCUACAGUGGUAAAGAAGUCUUGUCUCCAUUGGACACUGCUUUUUAA